GAGUGCGAGAGAGAGAGAGAGAGAGCGCGCGCGCGAGGUGUACAUCUAUCAACUGCGUCCGCACAUGACGGUACGUUAACACAGUGGACCGCAACUCCCCACACGGACUUCAGCUUCGCCUCGUAACGCUUUGGGGCACGCUGCAGAAUACCUGUCUUAAGAGCAUCGCCAUCAUCAUCGUCAUCGUCAUCAUCGUCAUCACUGUCCUUAAUAUCGUCAUCGGCUGGAUUGAGGAUCUAGGUGUGAAUUCCUGUUCCUUGACAUUCCUCGCUAUCUCAGUGUGUGUGUGCGCGUGCGUGCACCAUGACGUCUAAACCUCACCCUCCCCUGAUGAAGAAGCACAGCCAGACAGAUCUGGUGAGCCGUCUGAAGACCCGUAAGAUCCUCGGAGUUGGAGGCGAGGAUGAUGACGGAGAAGUGCACCGUUCAAAGAUCAGUCAAAUGCUGGGGAAUGAAAUCAAGUUCGCAGUGCGGGAGCCCGUCGGACUGAGGGUGUGGCUCCUCCUCUCAGCUGUAGCGUUCACAGUUAUGGCCAUAAUGGCCCUGGUGUUUCCGAACCAGCUCUAUGAGGUCGUGUUCGAGGAGGAGCUCUCCACGACCAGCAUCUCCAUUCGCCUUUAUGGAGGAGCUCUGCUAAGCCUGGCCCUCAUCAUGUGGAAUGGGCUCUAUACAGCAGAGAAGGUCAUCAUCCAGUGGACUCUGCUCAGUGAAGCCUGCUACUUCGCCAUACAGUUUCUAGUGACAUCCGUCACCCUGGUGGAGACUGGCGCCAUGUCGAGCAACGCUGUCCUCCUGCUCCUCAGCCGACUGUUCUUCCUGGCGGUGGCGUUGGCCUACUAUUACUGCCUGGGUCGUAGAUCCAAGAAGAUCUGAGAUUCCCAUGUGGCAUUUGCCAGGGAGGGGACAGUUGAGAACAGAUCAUACAUGUGGUGUCAGAAGGUUUGGAAACUUGUCGCAUCGGGGCUUUAGUGCGUUGAUCUUCUGUCAUGUGCACUCAGCCCGAAUGCAGUGUGACCUAUUAUUUUAUUACUUCUGAUUAUCAACAAACAGGAAGUCAACGCCUCCCAAUCCAGACUGUAUGAGAACAGGAAAUGACUUCAUAAAGAAAGUAUAUGACUUUUUUUUUUUAUUGGCCUGUGAAAUCAAUCCCCUCUUGACAUUACUCCUAUGUGUAGUUCUGAGUGUGUGUGUCUGGGGGGGAGGGGGGUGGCAGACUGUAGUACUCUUGUCCCUGUAGCUCCCAGUCAUGUGAUUUAUAUGUACAGAGUAAUUUCAGAUACUAGACUGUGUUUCUGUAUAUACCGCUACGGGGAGUACCUUGUUCCUUUUUUUUUUCAAAUUCAGUGUUUAGUGUGAUCUGUGUGAUUUAAAUAAUUGCAUUUUAACACCGCUUCUCGCAUCUUGCUCAAGGACCAAAAGGUUUGUGUUUGAAAAUGUGUUCCUCUUUAACAGUGUCGAUGUUUAUUCUUAUGUGUACUAAAGUGAAGCCUGGAUAUCUGUGCUCUCUCCAGCUUUUCCACCGGCGCCCCGCUCGAGUACGUCCGCAAUUAAAAAAAAAAAAAAAAAAGAAGCACCAAAACCUAGUGAAUGUAUCUGAGACGUACGCCGGUGAGAGGAAGAGUCAGGUUCACUUAGAGAAGAUUAGAGCGGGACGCUACGUUAACCGUACGUGUUUAACAGCUUCUGUGGUCGGCUAGCUCUUUUGAAGGUCGACUUUAACCAUUUUUAACCAUCCCCCCCGUCAGUCACAUUCAGAUUUAAGACUACAGGAAACGCAGCGCUGAAUUCAGACCUUCUUCAGGGACGAGAGCUUUUCAGACCUUUGACAUCAUUCCAGAGGAUCUUCCUCAAUUAGUGAGUCCAAAAGAUUGUGUAUCACCUUGCUUGUGCAGAUGACAUGGUUGACUAUAAGGUAGAUAGUGGGGUGUGUGCACAAAUAGCGGGGCGUGUGUGCUCUGUGGCAUGGCCGGACGAUUCUGUUGUGAUCUCCAGAGAAGUUCCCAACACACACCCAGCUGUAAGAUCAUGUCGCCACCCGUCAUGUGGGUGUGUAAGACAAAUAAUGCAUUUAUCAGUGAUGUAGCAGGGUUUGUUUUGUUUUGGUUUUUUUACACACAACAUAUCUUUCGUCUUGCCUUAAAACUAUUUAAAAGAAAACGGUCACAGCGUACUGUUUCUUGUACAUAUGUAAGUAAAAGUAUUCGCUACAGUUGGCUGUUAUUUCGAACAGAACAAGGAAGCUUAUGUUCCUCGUUUGUUCAAUGGUUUUCAAAGGAUAAUCUUUCUCGUGAAUAAUCUUUCAUCGGUUGGUUGUGUCCAGAGUCUCUUAUUUAUACUUAUUUAAGUGGUGUUCGUGUUUUUGGAAUCCCACUAUUUGGCAACUGCAUGCGACACCAAGUUCCUGUUUAUCAAAAAGUAGAGAACUUUGUAGCAAAGCGUUAAGAACACGGUGAUUAGUACGCCAGCCAAGGUGACGAGCGUGGAAUUACAGCGGUGGUGAACGCAAGUGUUCGGCAUACAACUCAAUCAGAAAAGUGGAAACUUUCGAAAAGUUAUUUUUGUGCAUUACGCAGUUGCACUGUAUGUGGUUAAAAACAGAUCCCUUCCGAACCGGGCAGUGUCCGUCUUAACAUCAGGUGGACCAACCCCUUCCUCGACUGCAGUACCUUGUCUACCUCCUAACUGAUGGACAGAUCCUCGACAAAGAAAGAUUCUUGCCAAAAAAAUGCCACACUUUCACCUCCACUCCCUGCAGCUCCAAUGCUUUUGUGCACAGAACCAAUUUACAGGAUACUCCUCAGAUAGACAGUUUGGUUAGAGUUUGGACCUCACUCUUAGCCAGACAAGGAGCACAGGUUUCUUCUGGCAGUGGUCCAUACUGUUGUAGAAUGACUCAAUUUCAGCCUCGCUCCAGAAGGGAGUAGUCCCCAAGUCGAGCGGCUGUGGGUUUGUGGUUUAGUUUGGCCAGUUCUGAAGGCAGAUGUGCCUGUUAACUUGGCUGGGUGCUCAGUUCAGAUAGGGAAUGUGAAACAUGGGUGAGGUCCCCCAUGUUCCUGAGAAGUAGUCAUUAUCUUUUUUCUUUUUUUUCUUUUGCAGUGUUUAAUUAGAUACAGCUCUCCUGACUGACAUUGUAUGUCCCAACCUACCGUUUGGCCCUCACUAACAUGGUAAUUAUGAAGCGCAACCAAAAUGUCUUUCUGUUUCUGUAGAUGUGAGAGGCCUCAAAUCAUCGGCCCCCAUGAAAAGUUCAAAUGACUUAGGAGCGAGUUAUUUUGGGAGAGAUGAGCAGCUCCGUCACAGGAGGACAGGCAGAGAUGAAGGCCAGCUAUGACUGGAUGACUCCCUGCAUCCUCCCCGGUGCUCUGCCACACUUUGAAUUGCUGCAUUACAUGUCUGCCUCUUACUCAAUGGACACGGCGAGACCAGGACUAGACCAGAACUAGAUCAAGACUAGACCAGGACUAGACCAGGAACACUGAUUACUGUGGAGGGAAGUGUAAACUAGUAAAAAGUGUCACAUUUGUAAGUCACGUCUCCUUGACAAUUUAGGAAAACGGCUGAUAAUGCAGUCCCUGUCUCUCUGGUGUGUAUCUAAUCUGUCCUGUGCUACUGAGGAGAAGAAAUCGGGUCGACUUUGUUUCAAGCUGUAGCAUCAAAGAGUGUUUUGUAUGUACUGUAUAUAUGUGCUAUAAUGUAUCCAAAAUGGAAUUCUUGUUAUGGAUUUACAUCAGUUAGUUUGAAAUAAAAAUGACCAUUGUUUAUUUUGCAGA